AUGUCUAUCAAAGUUACACCCUUCAAACGAUGGUCACACUUUCGGUGCUUCCUGAUGACGCUGAUUCUUUUCUUUUUCUUCUCAAUACUAUUCAGCACAUUGUAUUUAACGUUGAAACGAUUUCGGAACACUUUGGAAUUAUCUAAUAAUACACCUGUAAUUUUUCGGAAAGGAACAAUCAAGUCAAAUGUUGCUCUUGUUUCUUUCUAUACAAGUGACUAUCAUGAUAUUGGAUCCAUAUCCACAAUUAACAAAUUAUUUUAUGCCUACAAACAUGGCUAUGACAUGAUUGUCUAUCAAAAACCAUUUUACAAAAAAUCAAUUUGGAUCAAACCUGCUUGGAAUAAGAUUCCAAUGGUUGAAGCACAACUUGAAAAUUACGAAUGGAUAAUUUGGAUUGACUCUGAUGCCAUUAUCAUGAGACAUGAAUUAACUCUGGAAGAUAUCAUUGAAAUUUCCAAAAAAGCAGAUUGGAGAAAGAAAGAUCACGAAAUUGAUUUGAUAAUUUCCUAUGACAUUAAUGCAGGUAUUAAUAGUGGAAUUUUCUUCAUGAGAAAUACAGAAUGGUCACGAAAUGUAUUGAAACAGGUUCAAACUUCAUGGAAAUAUAUACCAUACUCGUUGCAUUGGUAUGCCGAACAAACUCCAUUUGCCAUGGAAAUUAAAUAUGGACUCGAUGAACAUGUUCGGGUGACCUAUAAGAGAGUAUUGAACGCCUAUUUGAAAGACUAUUCAGAAGGCACUACUUAUAUCAUGCACUUGGCUGGAUGUCCAAAACAAAAACCAAAAUAUUGUUCUGGAAUUAUGCACGAAUUUUAUGAAAGAUGGCAACGCAAUAAUGUGACAAGUGUGAGCGAUCGUGAAUUAUUGAGGAGGGCUGAGAAAGACUUCGAAACAUUGGAAAAGCAAUAA